AUGGGUAUUCCAGGACUUAUCAACGUAAUUGGCCCAGGAGAGCGUAUUUCACUGGCUAAGUUGGCAGUUACGCACUUGGAACGAACAGCAAGACCCAUCCGCAUCGCGGUCGAUAUUUCUAUUUGGCUCUUCCAGGCCCAGGCAGGUCGCGGGGGGAGAAACCCAGAGCUGCGCACCCUCUUCUUUCGCCUGCUGAAUUUAUUGGCAUUGCCAGUCCAUCCUCUUUUUGUUUACGAUGGACCACACAAGCCCGCCUUUAAAAGAGGGAAGGCGGUAUCCUCGCGCAGCUACAGCAGUGUGCCGAUCAUUAGACGAUCCAAAGAUCUUCUUGAAAAGUUCAGAUUUCCCUGGCAUGAAGCGCCGGGUGAGGCAGAGGCAGAAUGCGCACGACUCCAGCAAGCAGGCAUUGUAGAUGCCGUCAUGAGCAACGACGUUGAUGCCUUGAUGUUUGGCUCAUCCAUGACGAUUAUGAACUUCUCCAAAGAAAGUGGCAGUGGAACGUCAUCUGCAACUCAUGUCACCUGUUAUGCGAUGGAGCAGGACGGCCAUCCGUCAAACAUACCUUUUGACCGACCGGGCAUGAUUUUGUUCGCCAUGCUUAGCGGGGGAGACUAUCUGCCAUCGGGCGUUCAAAAAUGCGGUAGUAGCAUUGCUGCGCAGAUUGUCAAAGCUGGAUUUGGCGAGGAUCUUCUACAGGAGAUUGCACUGCCCUCAGACAGUAGUGCGGGAUUGAAGGAGUGGAGAGAACGACUUCAACUUGAAUUGGACGAGAACAAAAGUGGCUACUUCUCAAGGAAAAAUCCUUCUGUUAGAAUCCCAGACACGUUUCCCGAUCAAACAAUCCUCGAAUACUACGCUCGGCCGAAGGUCUCCAGCGACGAAGACAUGGCAUUUCUGAGGAAUCGCCUCCGAGAAGCGUGGGAUCAAGAUAUCGACCCUCUGGCCAUCCGAACUUUUGCUGCAAAUCACUUGGAUUGGAAGUAUCGAGGUGGAGCAACAAAAGUGACUAGGCUGUUGGCUGAACCCCUAAUAUCAUAUCGACUACGCCUUCAGAGACCACUUGCAGCCGUUUCCUCCGAUUUUUCCUUCGUUCCUGAUGCCCCACCAACUUGCCAAAGGGUCUAUAAAACCCGAUCGAGCUUCGCCACGGACGGAAUGCCAGAGCUUCAGCUUGAUAUGCUACCUGUGGAUGUGGUGGGCUUGGAUAUUCUGGCCGAGGAAUGUUCCCCUGAUGCAAACGUGAACAGCGUGCCAUCUCAAGGCAAUCUGAACGAGGACUUCGAAGACGAGGACCUGGAUUCGGCCAAUACAACGGCUCCCCAGACAGCGUCUAAGUCACGAGUAACCAGGGCUUACGAUCCUUUUUCAAUUGGCAAAAUAUGGGUAUUUGAAAGCGUCGCAAAAAUUGGUAUCCCCGAUGUUGUGGCCAAAUGGAAGAAAGAACAGGCCGAAAAAGAAGCAGCAAAGGCCGAGAAGGCCAGGGCAGCUGCCGCUAAAAAGACAGGCACUCGGCGAGCUGCUCCCAAGAAAAAGGGACCUCUUGAUGCAGGAAUGAAACAUGGGAGCAUCUUGAAAUAUGGAACCUUGACAAAAGAAAAACCCGAGCUCUCAACUGCCGGAAAAGCGCACUUGUUAGAUGCUGCUACGUCAGGGAAACCCCCCAGAAACCCACUGUCUAGACUUGUUGGGCAAUCCGAGACUUCGCCCAUACAGCUGGACCAGGAAGAUGAUCAUCUGACUCCAAGUAUGUACUCUCGACAAGGUUCGUCACCAACGAUGAGAUACUUCUCGCAGCAGGUGGAUGAUCUACUCGAAAGCUUCAACUCCAUGUGCAAUUUAUCCCCGACUUCUAGCGCGAAGCGCCGGCCCAUGGCAGGCCAAGCACUUGUCCGAUCAAGGCAGAUUAUUGGGGUCACUGGUGAGACUGAAUUUGAAGGAUCAGAGACUUCAACGCUAGAAGUCGAUGAUUUCCAAGCCCCGUCAACAACACUCAAGGGGCUACGAAUCAGUUACUCGAACCCAGAGUCAUCUUUUGAUGAAUCCUCUAGUGUGUAUUUGCCGACCGUGCCCUCUCGCACCAGAAAGACACGCGUUCAGCCGAAGAAGGUUGCUGUUUCGGAAACGGAAGAAGAGAGCAAUGAAGUCCAAGAUAUUGAAAGGGCGAUCGAGUCUCUCUCUCUAUCAACACCAGCGAAAAUUGAAAUUGCCCAUGACACGUCAAAGCCUGCCCAAAAACUGCGUCAAACCAACCCGCAAAAAACAGUGCAAAAAAGCAAACCACCCGUUGUGACCCCCGAAUCUCAAACUGUGGAGGCAUCCGACUCUUCCAGGAUCGCGAAGACCGACCGUCACACUGCGUCAGAGCCGAUCAUCCUUCACAGUAAGGAGAGCCUAUCUGGCGAACAAGAAAUACCACUGAACACUAAGUCUUGUGCCAAAAAGCACCAGCAGAAGGUGGGCAGCUCUUCUACAAGAGCCACGGCAGCACUUAGUCAAGACUGUGAAACCAAAGGACAUUUGGAAAACGUCAUAAUACAAGACGGUCUCUGGUCGAUCGAUCAAUCACCAUUCGAUGAUCUAGGCACAGCCAGUACCCAAAAUAAAACACGCAGGCAAGCCCAAGGAGGCAAGAAGAAGCGAAUUCCGCGCGUGAGCAUUGUCGAUCUUACUUGA